AUGUCAACUUCUGCUGCCUUGGAUGCUUCUUGCAUUUUUUGCAAGAUUAUUAGGGGUGAAAUCCCUUCUUUCAAAAUCUAUGAGACUAAAUACAGUUAUUCGUUCUUAGACAUCGAACCUACUACCAAGGGUCAUAUUUUAAUAAUUCCAAAAUAUCACGGUGCAAAGUUGCAUAAUGUACCCGAUGAAUACCUAUCGGAUAUUCUUCCAGUCACCAAGAAAUUGGUCCGCGCUUUGGGUCUCGAGAUUGACUCUCCAGAAGGUACAGGUUAUAACGUUUUGCAGAACAAUGGUAGAAUUGCUCAUCAAUACGUUGAUCAUGUCCACUUCCAUUUGAUUCCAAAGCCUAAUGUCGAUGAAGGUUUGGAAGAAGGAUGGCCCGCCAAAAAGGCCGAUAUGGCAGAAUUGAAGAAGUACGCCGACGAAUUGGCAGCCAAAGUGAACAACUAA